UCUCUCUCAGUCCUGCGCUGAGACUGUGUGCGCGCACUGAGCUUUGCAGAGAGACACAGAGAGCAAGCAACAGAAGAGUGCCUAGGGCUUCACCAAGCUUCAGUUGAGUUUAGUCUCAGCCAAGUUACUAUUUAAAAGUCCGAGAGGAAGAGUACACAACAUCUAGGAGAUAAACAACCACAGGAACACAACUAACACACUUUGAAAGUGAAACAGUGAGUGGUGUGGACACUCAUGGUCCUCUCCUGAGGCUGUGGCUGCUUCACCAGGAGAGAUGUGAUCGUUGUGUGGUUCACACGCGCUGACUUAUUCAACACACAGAGACACCUGCUCCAUCCUCAGGUGGCGUUCCGAAGGACUGGAUUGCUGAAACGGUGGCCACGGGACUGCAUGCAGACAGGGAAGAACAUGGACUACCUGUGGGGGAUUGUACUGCUGCUGUGGGCACUCGGCGUGCCGGAGAGAGGAACCGAUGCACAGAGGAGCAAGAACAACGUACCCCGGCUCAAACUCUCCUAUAAAGAAAUGUUGGAGUCCAACAACCUGCUCACUUUCAAUGGAUUGGCCAACAGCUCUGCCUAUCACACCUUUUUAUUGGACGAGGAGAGAGGUCGGCUUUUUGUGGGGGCAAAGGACCAUGUGCUGUCCUUCAACUUGGUGGACAUCAACAUGGACCAGCAACUGAUAUCCUGGCCUUCUUCACCUUCUCGAAGAGAUGAAUGCAAGUGGGCUGGGAAGGACGUCCAGAAGGAGUGCUCUAACUUCAUAAAGGUUCUGCAGCCGUUUAACCAGACGCACUUGUAUGUGUGUGGAACAGGAUCCUUCCAUCCCGUCUGUGCUUAUGUGGAAGUGGGCAAACGUCCAGAGGACAGCAUCUUUCGCCUAGGGUCGUCAAACUUUGAGAAUGGCCGUGGAAAGAGUCCCUAUGACCCCAAACUGCUGACUGCUUCCAUGCUGAUUGAUGGGGAACUGUAUGCUGGGACAUCAGCAGACUUCAUGGGCCGGGACUUUGCCAUUUUCCGAACUUUAGGCAAGCACCAUCCAAUCAGGACAGAGCAGCACGACUCCAGAUGGCUCAAUGAUCCUAGAUUUGUCAGCGUGUAUCUCAUCCCAGAGAGUGACAACUCUGAAGAUGACAAGAUCUAUCUGUUCUUCAGAGAGAACGCCAUUGAUGGGGAGCAAGUUAGCAAAGCCACACACGCCAGAAUCGGACAGCUGUGCAAGAACGACUUUGGGGGCCACAGGAGUUUGGUGAACAAAUGGACCACCUUCCUUAAGGCCCGUUUAAUCUGUUCCGUUCCUGGCCUGAACGGCAUCGACACACACUUCGAUGAACUACAGGAUGUUUUUCUCAUGAGCUCCAAGGAUCCGAAAAACCCCAUUAUCUAUGCUGUAUUUACAACAUCAAGUAACAUCUUUAAGGGCUCAGCGGUAUGCAUGUACAGUAUGGCAGACAUCAGGAGGGUGUUUCUGGGCCCGUAUGCCCACCGAGAUGGACCCAACUACCAAUGGGUACCAUUUUUGGGUAGAGUGCCGUACCCAAGACCUGGCACGUGCCCCAGCAAAACGUUUGAUGGUUUUGAAUCAACAAAGGACUUUCCUGACGACGUUAUCACAUUUGCCAGAAGCCAUCCGGCCAUGUACAACCCAGUGUUCCCCAUCAAUAACCGUCCAAUCAUAAUCAAAACUGAUGUUGACUACCAGUUUACUCAGAUAGUGGUGGACAGGGUAGAGGCAGAGGACGGCCAAUACGAUGUCAUGUUUAUCGGCACUGACAUGGGCACAGUUCUUAAGGUGGUUUCAAUCCCUAGAGGAACAUGGCAUGACCUUGAGGAAGUCCUGUUGGAGGAGAUGACAGUGUUCAGAGAACCAACAGCCAUUACUGCCAUGGAACUCUCCACAAAGCAGCAACAACUCUAUCUUGGAUCCACCAUUGGGGUUUCUCAGAUGCCUCUGCAUCGCUGUGACGUGUACGGGAAGGCCUGCGCCGAGUGCUGUCUGGCACGUGAUCCUUACUGUGCCUGGGACGGCUCGCAAUGUUCCCGAUACUUCCCAACUGCUAAGAGGAGAACGAGGCGUCAGGAUAUCAGGAACGGAGACCCUCUGACUCAGUGUUCAGAUCUGCAACACCACGAUGAGGCAGAUGGCGAGAGAGAUUUGCUGGAUAGGGUGGUAUAUGGGGUGGAGAACAGCAGCUCUUUUCUGGAGUGCAGUCCUAAAUCCCAGCGAGCCCUUAUUUAUUGGCAGUUUCAGAGACACGGAGAAGACCGCAAACAAGAGAUAAAGUCCGAUGAGCGGGUGUUGAGCACAGAACAGGGUCUGUUGAUCCGAACCCUCCAUCAGAAGGACUCGGGUGUGUAUUACUGCCACGCUGUCGAGCACGGCUUCAUCCAGACCCUCCUUCGCCUCACCCUCAACAUCAUUCCCUCAGAACACCUGGACGAUCUCCUGCACCGAGACACGCCGGGCAGCAACGAUCCGGCCAACGGCAAGAUGUGGUACCGCGACUUCCUCUCCCUCAUCAACCCGCCGAGCCCGAACAGCGUCGACCAGCUCUGCGAACAGGUUUGGAAGAGAGAGCGGAAACAGCGCAGGCAGAAAGCUAAUCUGAUGCACGGCAGCCAAUCACACUCUAGCCAGCUCCUCCACUCCAGCCAAUCACACGCCAGUAAGUGGAAGCUGCUACAGGAAAACAAGAAAGGACGCAACCGCAGGACCCACGAGAUGCAGCGGGUACCCCGCAGUGUGUGACCAGGACGGCAAAUCCAACAAACUUCUUCUGUUCCACAGACAUAACGCUGAGACUGAAGACAGGGAGGGUGGAAUUCCAUUUCCUGUAUUGUGCGAGAGAGAUUUUCUUGUGAACCAGAGCACAUCUUCAUUCACGCCUACAGUACGUAUUGAGACUCAAACCCUGAGAGGAUGUAAUGUGAUGCUAACAGAUACUGAACCACCUGUGAAUAUGACAAAAUAUACUGUGAGACAGGUUUCAGUCUGUAUAAAAAACCUGUUUCAUUUUAUGAGGGACAAAACAUGAAUGCUGAAAAGACUACUGUUUAACCUCUAUUUAGCUGAAGCACAAUCCCAGUGCAUUCUGGGCAAUGAACUUGUCAGUAAUAUUAUGUGUAUAGAGUGUGUUGAGCUUAACAUACAGUAUACUGUAUAUCUUUGUAUCAGAAAUGUAGGCCCUUCUGUUUACGUACAUGUACAUAAUCUAUUAAUUAAGGUAUUGCUUUGUUCUUGUUUCUUUUCCCUUUUUUUUUUGUCUUCCUCCGUGCAUUUUCUAUUUUCAUCAUCUGCUGCAAAAGCAAUGCCUCAGCAAACCAUUAAUGGGGCGGUGUUGUUCCUCUGAAUAAUCUCUUCCUGUCAAGACAAGAAAAAAAAAAUCUUUUCUGCUAUUUUUUUAGAUUAAUAUUUAAUUUUGUACUGUGCCAGAGUAUAUCUAAAAUAUUACAUAAUAGUUUUAUUUUAUUAUUUGCUGUCCUCAUUGUAAACCACUGCAUUGUGAGGGUACACAAACCCUCUUCACCAAUCUUUUCUCCUCAGUUAAGUUAUUUGUUGACUUGAUUUCAUCUAUGUUCACAUUCACGUUUAUAUAAAGCAAUUGUGGUCGAGUA